AUUUAAAUAUACACUCGUGAAUGUAAAGUGAUUGUUUAAUAACUGAUUCAGAUUGACAUUGUUAAAUCAUCAUUUUGGAAUCAGACCUGAGAAAUAACGUUUCCAAAGUAAACUGGGUGUCGUUCAUGAAGUCUUCGGACUGCAGGUGAAAGAAAGGACUUCAGGUGUCCAACAUCAUGAAGUGAAACAGUCAGAAAAGCUGUAAUGUGCCGUGAGAUUGACAGAGUUGACUGUGGGCGGUCAGAUCUACAGAGAAGUUGGCGAUCGAUCAGUGUGAUCACUGACGGACGGGAGUCUGUGUGGUUUUGUUGACUGAUUACGAUGGAGUUAUUAAUAUGGCUUUUCUUCACACUGUACAGUCGUCAUGUGUUGAGUGAACGCACAGUGUUUCAGUCUCCUCAACAUGCCAGUUCAGUUCUGCUGCGCUCCAGACGUGCCAAUAACAUGUUCUAUCUGGAGGAGAUUCUGCCGGGCAAUCUGGAGCGCGAGUGUGUGGAGGAGCGGUGCAGCCGUGAGGAGGCCAGAGAAUGCUUCGAGAACGAGCAGAAAACAGAAGAUUUUUGGACCAAAUACAACGAUGGAGACCAGUGCAGUCCAAACCCGUGUCAACAUGGAGCCACAUGCAAAGACCAGAUCGGAGGAUACACCUGCAGCUGCACUGACAUGUACAGCGGAGUAAACUGUGAGACAGAUGUGUCUCAGUGUCCGUCUGAAGGACCUUUAGCCUGUGAGCAUUUCUGCAGAAUGACACACGGUUCAUAUCGUUGCUUCUGUGCUCGAGGAUACACGCUUCAGAGCAACGGCAGACACUGUCAGCCGCAGGUUCAGAAUCCUUGUGGAAAGACGAACACCUCCAACCAAAGUGAACGCAGCAGCUGGUUUUGUAAUGAAGGACAAUGUCCAUGGGAGGUGAAGUUUCUGAACGCUGAUGGUGAUGUCAUCUGUCAUGGUGCGCUUCUGGGGAGGGUGUCUGUGCUCACAUCAGCUCUGUGUAUGUCCAUCCUGACAGACCUCCACAUCAGUCUUGGGGGUCACUCAAACAUAACGCUGAACGCCGCGAGCUGGACGUCUCGCAAGAGACACGUGUCGGGUCAACCGGAGGACGACCUCGCCUUCCUAGAGCUGCAACAGCCCAUUCCACAGGAAGUGGGAGCCGUUCCGCUGUGUUUGCCGGAGAAAGACUACAGUGAGAAUAUUCUGAUGAGGAGUGGCAGAGAGGGCGUGGUCAUGGGCAGGGCCAGUCACUCUUAUCUCUCAUUGGACGACUGUCACAGUCUCAACCUGACGUUCUUAAUGACCAAUAAGAUGUUCUGCAUGAAGAAACAGGAGUCUGGCAUUCCCAUGAGAUCUAAACUGCUGCAGGAACGAGUGACCUGUGCGGUGAAGUCCGGAAGUCCCGUUGCAACAGUGCACGGAAAAACGGCGUUCCUGACUGGAAUUUCUCUGGCCAGUGGACACUGUGAUGACAGACUCGUGUUCACUAAAUUAUCACGAUAUCUGCACUGGAUCCGUCCACUUCUGCGCGCUUCAGAGAAAAAUAAUUAAUUUAAUUACCAUAAUUAAAUAUGCAGAUAAUCCAAUACCAAUAACCAGCUCUCUCGAAACCUGUCAAGAACACGUCUGGGUCAUGCUUCACUCUAAAAUCAAGAAAUAAUGCAUUCAAUUCUAAACGAUUCUCAUUAAAAUACAAAAUAAAAAUGGUUUAAAUUGCAAAGAAUUUAUUUAUUCUUCAUGGUAGUAUUUGUGUCAUUGCCUUCAUUUUAUGCAAAUGCAUAUUUUUAAAAAGCAUUGUUACAUUAUCUAAAUGUAAUUUGAAUGCAUUAUGGUGUGUUCACCUCAUUACCGUCUGGAGUUUUCCUAAUAAAACUCAUUUGAAAUUGACUUUCAAAAAGCUGUUGAAUUCUAUGAAAGCUUUGACAUGACCG